GGACCUCCAGCCAGGAUCCGGACCGGCCCGGGUCCUCCUCACCGAGCCGGGUCAGCGGGUCGUCCGGACCGGGACUGUCCAUGAAUGGACAUCGGAACAACAGGAGCCACAGGAAGCCCCACCCUGUUUCCGUUGCCACGACGACCUGGCUAUGGCGCCAUCGGAAAGCCCAUCGAGCUUCUGGCCAACUGUUUCCAGGUGGAGAUCCCCAAGAUAGACGUCUACCUGUACGAGGUGGACAUCAGGCCCGAUAAAUGUCCCCGCCGGGUCAACAGGGAGGUGGUGGACUCCAUGGUCCAGCAUUUUAAAGUGACCAUCUUUGGGGACCGCCUGCCGGUUUAUGACGGGAAGAACAGCCUCUACACCGCCAGCCCACUUCCUGUUGCCGCCGGCGGGGUGGACCUGGACGUCACCCUUCCAGGUGAAGGUGGGAAGGACCGCCCCUUUAAAGUCACCAUCAAGUUUGUGUCGCCGGUCAGCUGGAACCUGCUGCACGAGGUCCUGAUGGGACGAGGACACCCCGACCCGCUGGACCUGAACAGCCCACUGAGCACCAACCCGGUCCAAGCUGUGGACGUGGUCCUGAGACACCUGCCCUCCAUGAAAUACACCCCCGUGGGGCGGUCCUUCUUCUCCGCCCCUGAGGGCUACGACCACCCGCUGGGCGGAGGCAGGGAGGUCUGGUUCGGGUUCCAUCAGUCGAUUCGGCCCGCCAUGUGGAAGAUGAUGCUGAACAUCGACGUGUCAGCCACGGCGUUCUACAAAGCCCAGCCCGUGGUCCAGUUCAUGUGUGAGGUUCUGGACAUCCACAACAUCGACGAGCAGCCGCGACCUCUGACUGACUCCCACAGAGUCAAGUUCACCAAGGAGAUCAAAGGUCUGAAGGUGGAGGUGACCCACUGUGGCAGCAUGCGCAGGAAGUACCGAGUGUGCAACGUGACGCGCCGCCCUGCCAGCCUGCAGACGUUCCCCCUGCAGCUGGAGAACGGGCAGACGGUGGAGAGGACCGUGGCUCAGUACUUCAGGGAUAAGUACAACCUGCAGCUGAGGUACCCCCAUCUGCCCUGCUUGCAGGUGGGCCAGGAGCAGAAACACACCUACCUGCCGCUGGAGGUGUGCAACAUCGUUGCCGGUCAGCGCUGCAUCAAGAAGCUGACGGACAACCAGACGUCCACCAUGAUCAAAGCCACGGCCCGGUCCGCUCCAGACCGGCAGGAAGAGAUCAGCCGCCUGGUGCGCAGCGCCAACUACGAGUCCGACCCGUUCGUUCGGGAGUUCCAGUUCCGGGUCCGGGAUGAGAUGGCUCAGGUGACGGGUCGGGUUCUGCCGGCCCCGAUGCUGCAGUACGGCGGCAGGAACCGUACGGUGGCCACGCCCACCCAGGGCGUGUGGGACAUGAGGGGGAAGCAGUUCCACACCGGAGUGGAGGUCAAGCUGUGGGCCGUGGCCUGCUUCGCGGCCCAGCGGCAGUGCCGGGAGGACAUCCUGAAGAGCUUCACCGACCAGCUGAGGAGGAUCUCAAAGGAUGCUGGGAUGCCGAUCCAGGGUCAGCCGUGUUUCUGUAAAUACGCUCAGGGAGCCGACAGCGUGGAGCCGAUGUUCAGGCACCUGAAGAACGUCUACAGCGGGCUGCAGCUCAUCAUCGUCAUCCUCCCCGGAAAAACUCCCGUCUACGCGGAGGUGAAGCGGGUCGGAGACACCCUCCUUGGCAUGGCCACUCAGUGCGUCCAGGUGAAGAACGUGAUGAAGACGUCUCCUCAGACGCUGUCCAACCUCUGCCUGAAGAUCAAUGUCAAACUGGGAGGAAUCAACAACAUCCUGCUGCCGCACCAACGCCCGUCUGUGUUCCAGCAGCCAAUCAUCUUCCUCGGAGCAGACGUCACUCAUCCUCCAGCCGGAGACGGGAAGAAGCCGUCCCUGGCAGCGGUGGUGGGCAGUAUGGACGCCCACCCCAGCAGGUACUGUGCCACAGUCCGGGUCCAGAGACCCAGGCAGGAAGUCAUCCAGGACCUGGCUUCGAUGGUGCGAGAGCUCCUGAUCCAGUUCUACAAGUCGACCCGCUACAAACCCACCCGGAUCAUUUUCUACAGGGACGGCGUGUCGGAGGGCCAGUUCAGACAGGUUCUGUACUACGAGCUGCUGGCCAUCAGGGAGGCGUGCCUCAGCCUGGAGAAGGAGUACCAGCCCGGCAUCACCUACAUCGUGGUCCAGAAACGCCACCACACACGCCUGUUCUGCGCUGACCGCAGCGAGCGGGUUGGACGCAGUGGAAACGUCCCCGCGGGGACCACGGUGGACACGGACAUCACACACCCCAACGAGUUCGACUUCUACCUGUGCAGCCACGCCGGGAUCCAGGGAACCAGUCGGCCGUCCCAUUACCACGUCCUGUGGGACGACAACGGGUUCUCUGCGGACGAGUUCCAGCUGCUCACCUACCAGCUGUGCCACACCUACGUGCGCUGCACGCGCUCCGUCUCCAUCCCCGCUCCCGCCUACUACGCUCACCUGGUGGCGUUCAGAGCUCGCUACCACCUGGUGGACAAGGAGCACGACAGCGCCGAGGGCAGCCACAUCUCGGGUCAGAGCAACGGCAGGGACCCCCAGGCUCUGGCCCGGGCCGUGCAGAUCCACGACAACACCCUGAGGACCAUGUACUUCGCCUGA